UCAUCAGUUGUCGCGAAACGUUUUGCUGGCUAGUAUGCAACGUUAGCCAAGCCACCGUCUGCCACUGGCCACAUGGUGCACCGGGAAAGGUCUUGGAACCACUUGCUGGGACUUGCUGAAGUACCUUGUACAGCAGAUAUAGACAUUUGUGCCAUUAUUGUUUCACAGGUUACACGAAGAGUGUUUGUUGUUUUGACUUUCAGUUUUCGAGAAGCUUCCUCCUCCUGCAGACACUCACAUGUUCAAGUUUAAAUGUUGUAGGAGGGCGUGCUCAGCUAGGUUCGUUUCUUGGCAUUAAAAAAAAGAAGAAUUUCAUACCAGUGCUGUUUGCUUCUUUACUUUGGGAAGUAAAUUUCACCUAGACACAAAAACACUGUGUUUUUAUUUCAUUUUUUUUGCUUCAUUUUUAAAUGUAUUAAUUUUUUGACAGCCGUGUUUGUCUCGUCCUACUUCCUCGGAGUUGCUGACCUACUUCCCUGUGUGUGAUGACUUUCAAACUAUUAUUACAUAUAAAUUCGUGCCUCUGGGCAGUUGUGUCUGCAGCCGGGGUGGUGAAAGACUGUGAAAGUCGGAUUCAACACUGGAAGAAGGUGUCGGGUGACUAUGAAGCCCUGAAUGACCGCCUCAAAACUCUGCCAGAUCAACUGUCAUAUGACAUCAUGGUACCAUUUGGCCCUUUGGCCUUUAUGCCCGGAAAACUGGUACACACCAACGAGGUCACAGUGUUGCUGGGUGAUAACUGGUUCGCCAAGUGCUCUGCCAAGCAAGCUCAAAAAAUUGUUGAUCACAGGAUGAAAUAUGUGAAGAAUGAACUAGACGGCUUGUCCAAGACGAUAAAAAACUUUGAAGCCAGAGUUGGGUUUGCGAAGGAUUUGGAAACCAUCUCUGCUAGUAAAGGCGACUAUGUUGACAUCAGAGAGGAGGUUGGAAACAAUGACUCUGUUGUCACCAAAGGAAAGCAAAGAAUAGCUCACAAGCCAAACUCUAAGCCCAAGCAGGAUGUGGUUUUUGAUUUUAAAGAAGAGGAUGAGGAGAAUGAGGAGGAAAGCAGAGAUAGUGGAAGCAGGAAAUGCGUUAUGACUGAGGAGGAGCUAUGGGCUAGAUUGGAUGAACUCGAGAAACUGGAGGAACUACAAGAUGAGCAGGACAAAUUAUCUGAUAAUGGAGACAUGAAUGGUGAGGACACAUCUUCCUCUUCCUCAGAAGAGGAGAAAGAUGCAGAUGCUGCGACUCCAGUAAAUGGGCUGAGUUUGAAGCCAGGUUGGAGCGCGCUGCCUUCCAGCACAGCACCACUUAGACAGGACAGGAAAGAGGAAGAAGACUUUGAGGAGGAAGAGGAAGCCAAUUAUUUGCCUACUAUCUACUUUUCUCACACAGUCGAACCCAAGAAGGUGAGAAUAAAUACAGGCAAAAACACCACACUGAAGUUUAGUGAAAGGAAAGAGCAGAAGGAACACUCGAAGAGGAAAAAGAAAAAUGGCCACAGCAAUGGACAUGCUCAUCACGAACUUCACAAAAUCACAACACCAGCAGACAUUUACAGGUUGUUUGUAGAUGUGAAAAAUGGGGAACCCAUACCUAGGAAGUCCAUACUGAAAUCACGCAGUCGAGAGAACAGCGUGUGCAGCGACACAAGUGAGAGCAGCGCUGCAGACUUUGAGGAGCGCAGAAUUAUGGGACGCAGCUUCAGUCAUGACGAGGCAACGCACAGCGACACCAGCGAUGGCAUCACAGAAGAGGACAGUCCCACAGCAGUGUUGCUACAACCUCCCAGCAGAUUUGAGGCUUUUUCAGGUACAGUAAUAGAAAAGGAUCCAAUGCCCUCAGCUGUCCCUCAUCUGACCAUCUCUCCACCAGCUCUGCCAACAAUACUAGAGAGGAAACAGGAGGAGGUGGCGCCUGAUGUUGCCCCACCCCAGCAAGCCCCAAAGAGGGUGUCGAAGUUCAAAGCUGCCCGAUUGCAGCAGAAGUGACUGUUAAGAGGCAAAUAUUCAGCUUUUACAUGAACAUCUUUUGUGAAUCCUUUGUUUCUCUUUGGUAACCGAACAAAAAAACAAACCACAUGCUCAUUUCUUUGCACGCCUUUCAUCCACUGAUAGGGUUUCUGUUUCUGUCUGUAAAGUAGAACACUUAACCAGUCGGCCUUUGUGUAACACUGCUUUUUUACGGUUUAUUGCAGCCUCUUUUGCUUAUCUGCUUUAAAAGACAUUCUUCUUUUAGCCUUGUUUAAGACAUUUGCAGUCUGUCAUACGUUUACCUGUCUACUCUUCUGUUGAUCUGUGAUAUCACCAGGUUAACUCAGACUGUAGGCUUUGCCACAUAAGAUGAGUUGCCUUUUUUUUGUUUGUUUGUUUGUUUUCCCCCAGUAUUGAUUAUUAAACAGAAUCAGGUCUCGUUAGCUCUCAUUUGACCAUCUCUUGACCUGCCCUACUGAAUGUAUGUAUCCCUUUGUGACAAGCUUUAUGUAAAACAGAAAAAAAAUAUUGAUGGAAAGUAAAAGAAAAAUAAAUGAUUUUGACUACAA